AUGUCAGCUCACAGCAGCUUACUCAUCCUUGUCACUCUCUGGGCUUCAGUGCAGGAAGGUCUGGGCCUGCCGCUGCCGCAGCAGCCGGACCUGGAGACCAGCCACAGCAUCCCGACACACCGGGUGAGGACCAAGCGCUGCGCCUGCAGCAACCGGCUGGACUCUGAGUGCCACUACUUCUGCCACCUGGACAUCAUCUGGGUCAACACUCCAAGUAAGACGACAGUUUAUGGUCUAGGUGGUGCCUUGUCUCGACGCAGAAGGUCGACCGACCGUUGCACCUGCAGCCGUCCUGAUGACCGGUCCUGCAUCAGCUUCUGUCGCCUCAGCCCUGAAGUCAACCCCGUGGAGAGAAAUCAGCGCAGUGUUCUCAGUGCCUUAAGGAGAGAGGAGAAACAAAAGGCCGCUGAGAGACCGUCCCUGCGAACGCAGCUGCGAAAUGCGCCCGAGGUCGGAGGGGAGCACAAUAGACCCAGCCGUGGAGGAUCACAACGGAUGAGAGACGCCAUCAGGUCCUGUUUGAGUCCAGCCCUCUGGUCUGGAAGAGGGGGAGUGACUGACUGCACCUGUGCAGAGACCAGUCAGGCCAGCACUGACCGCCAGGAGAAACGGAUCAGUCCAACUCUGUAA